AUGUUGCGGACGACGGCGGCACAUCGAGCACUGUGGCGCUUUGGGCGGCCGCUGCGCGAUGGGCGAUAUUCCCGGCAGCUCUAUGAAUGGAGCGGGGUGACAGAGCGUGUCGCGCAGUUUUGGAGCCACUCUUGGCAUGGAUCGGUUGUGGCUAAAGUGCUGUUGCUGCUGGUCAUGUACAAUGGCUUGCCGGCUGUUUUGGUCGGGAGCGCAGCCGUGGCAAUCACAUUGCUACUGCAGCAUGCAUGUUUGCUUCCAUGCAGCAUCGAACGGAACGGACAAUCAGCCAUGGCUGUUGGUGUCGGUUUGCUGGCCAGUUCUUUGACCUUCGUCCUUUGGCGGUCCGGAAAGCAGGUCUUUUUGGACAUUAUUUGCAUCCACCAGACAGAUCAGAAGUUGAAAAUGAUGGGUCUGCUGAAUGUCGGAGCAGUGUUGAAGAAAUCAGAUUCCCUGCUCGUUUGCUUAGAUGAUACCUAUAUCACAAGGCUUUGGUGCGUUCUAGAAAUGGGGGCAUUUCUGAAAAGUAAUGGCCAGGAAGGGAUCAACAUCAAACCCACCAUCUGGGGUGUCAGUAUCGUUAUCCUAUUCUUGUCAGCAAGCGGCAUCAUGCUCGGUGCAUCGGUGGUGGGUGCCAUUCUCAGGCAGUCGGCUGGCGUGACAACUAUUCUCGGUGAUGGACAGCGGUUGGGCUUCUUGCUUUGGGCGAUACUCGGCAGCAUAGCCGUGCCUGGUUCCGUGAUCACCUUGUUAUUGGUCAGCCGCUCCUUGCGUGCGCACUUCCGAGCAGUCGAUCGCAUUGUCAAACAGCUGGAAACGUUCUCCAUCAAGGACGACACCGUCUCCCAUUGCUGCACUGUGAACCACCUCGACCGCCACACCGGCGAGAAAAUUCCAUGCGAUCGUGUGAUUCUUGAAAAAUGCCUGGUGUUGUGGUUCGGCUCGGUGCAAGCGUUCAACGAGUUCAUUCAGAACGAGCUGUCAGAGAUUUUCAAGAAGCUUACCACCAGCACUGUGCCCUACACUUGGAUUGUUGCUGCCGGAAGCCCUCUCCUUUGGUUCUAUGCCGGGACAGCAACUUAUCAUCUGCGGACAGAGAACUACAAAUCAGCAGCGAGGAUGGCAUUCUACAUUCCAUCCUGGUGGUUGGCGAUCGGUCCAACGUACCUCCAGCUUUUUGUGUGUCUCGUUCGUCGUGUUCGGCGACUGCGACCAAGUGCUUGCCAGGAGGUGCUGGUCAAUCUCGGAUGCUCCAUUUGCGGCGGUUUCAUUUACUUGGCCUUUGCCUUUUUUGAAGGUUUCUGGUAUACCACAUUUGGAACGGAUGUGCCCUCGAUGGCGGCAUUUUCCUUGGUUGUGAUGACGAUCUGCGCUCUUAUCCGGUCUGCAUGCUGCAUGCCAUGCAUGCCAAUCCGCCGUGCAACAUAA